AUGACCACGCUGCUCAACAACCGCCCGGAUUCAGGUCCCCCGCCUCGCCCGAUUCGCUUUGUCCAUAACCAGGGCCAGCCGCCGUCCAAGCGGCGCAGAAUCAAUGCGGCAUGCCUGACCUGCCGAAGGCGUAAAACAAGAUGCGCCGGCGAACGGCCGCAAUGCUCGACAUGCACCAAGAACGGACACCAGUGCCUGGGCUAUCCUGAGGAUAGGAGAGAUGGUGUCGACCCCUCCGGACUGAGGACGGGCGAAGAAGACGAUGCACCGAAUGAAGAAAUCAACCAAGCAGAAGACGAUGACGAUGUGGCAAUGAAACAUGCUGGGACCGCGUCCGAGACUCAUCCGACGUCAUCAAGAAGAGACCAUGCGCCAGCGUCUGCCUCCUCGGCUUCACGACCACCGCUGAUUUCGAGAACAUCCAACAUUGCGCCAAGCAUUGAAAUAAGCGCCGAUGGCAAACCCAACGAUAUAGAACCACACCAAUCUCCUGUAUUCAAUCACCAACAUCGUGUGGUGAGCCAUCACCAGGCUCACCCUUCAGCUACCUCCGAUGAUAUACCCAGCUCUCCCACUCUACGGCGGGUCAUUCCCAGCCGUCGCAUCCCCUACUUCCGAUACUUUGGCUCCACGGCCAUCGUCCCAGGAUUCAAGCAAAUGGUGGUGUCCUCCACUCCAAGCGGCGUCAUAGCCAGUGGCUCGGCCGUGGAUAGCGACAUUGUCCGUGAAGACAUUCCAUCUUAUGAUCCGAACAACCCCGCCCCGGUCCAUCCCCUCAUUAUCCAACUAACCACUGCAUUCUUCAACGAUGUUGGCUGCAACUACCCUUUUCUCAAUAAGGAAAAGUUUCUGCGCCAUGUCAAGGAGAAGCGCGUCGAGCCAAUCUUGGUAGAUGCCGUGUGUGCCAUUUCGGCGCGCUUCUCAGAUAACCAUAUUCUGACUGGUGGCAACGACAAGAUGCCCCGAACAGAGAGGGGCCAAGUCUUUGCGCAGAGAGCCAGACAAGCCACUGUCGAUACCUUCCCCUGUCCUUCUGUAGGCGCUGUCCAAGCCUGCCUGCUCAUGGCAUAUGAAGGCUUUGGCGCCAACCAAGAUAGCGCGCUGUGGAUGUACUUGGGCCUGGCUAUACGCAUGGCCGUCGAUCUUGGUCUUCAAAAGUGCGUGGGAAUCCAGUACCAGGGCGAGAAAGAUCCCUGGUACACCCGACAUCGAAGCCGCGCCAAUGACGAUGACCACGAGAGCCCAGAAGCUCAUAAAACUGACGGUAUCGACACGCUCAGCCCGCAAGAGCAGAAAGAGGUGGAACAAGAGCGCAUCGACACAUUUUGGUCCGUAUUCAUCUUGGAUAGAGUCAUCUCUUCUGGCACAGGACGUCCGGUCACUAUACGAGACGGCGAUUACGAGCUUGCUUUCCCCGAAUCCAACAAUGACUUGAUGACUGGGUGGCCCAACCCGUUUCCAGUUUUUGUCAAAAUCAUCAAUCUCUACGGCCAGGUGUGCGAUGUUUUGAAUAAUCUGCACAACGCCCAGGAUCUUACGCAGGAUAAAUGGGAUCAGCUGUCUGAUAUGGAACACCGGCUAACGAGAAUGUACAAACACUGGGACCCACGACUUCAGUUUAACGUUAGCAACUUCAAGACAUAUCUUGGAAUGGGCCAGGGCACCAACUUUAUCCUCCUUCACUUUUGGUUCCACGCGCUCUUCAUCAUCUUGCACCAGCCAACCCUUCUAACCCCCUUUUGCGAACUGAGAAGCGAGCUCCAGCUCCUCUCUGAUAGCCGUGAACUGAGCAUGAGCAGCGCCAAGACCAUUUGCGAUAUCCUAUCUUUUGCCGACUUGAUCGACCCCAAGAGUUUCAUAGGCAAUCCAUUCACCAAUCAACCCAUCUACAUUGCCGCGUGCGCUUUUCUCAUGGAAUCCAGCGCCACCAAUGCGUCUGAAGGAUCAUCCAGAGAGGGAACGCCUUCCGCCUCAAACUCCAAUGCGAACCGCAAGCAGCAGGCCAAACCUAAUACCAAACAGUCUCGACACUCGCUCCUCGCUUCGGCGGCAAAUCAAAACUAUCAAAAAUGCUACAACUCUUUACAGCAGAUUCAGUCAUACUGGGGCGGUGUGACGUACAUUCUCACUGUCUUGGAUCAAAAAUCAAAAGGCAAAUGGGACUGUGAGACAUAUACCGUAGAGGAGUAUGAGAGCACCAAAUUGCCGCCAGCUCGGCCGUCUAUUGGCGAGCAGCUUUCUCGGUUGGAGAAGCAAUCAUCACCAAAGAUUGCCGGCUCACCAAUCGCCUUCAGUUUAUCCGGAACAAAUCAUUCACCGAAUUCGAGCCUGACACUCAUGUAUCAGGCAUUCAACUCCAACGCAGUACCUCCUACCGGAUACCCUCCCACUUCGCACACUAUGGCGAGACCAGCCAGUGAAUCACCGGGAAGCAUCACCUACGACUCUAUUCGACCUGCAAUGCCAGAAGUGGGCAUGUUUUCUCCUCCUAUUCCACAGCCAAACAUUUCGGCAAUCCGGAACUCUCCCCGACGGCCGGCGUACGCUACUACUAACUCGAUGAAUGCUACCGGCGUGGCUUCACGCAAUAUUAUGAGCUUUGAAGAUAUCAAGGAAGAGAACGAAGAGCUGCCUGCUGGCUACGCAGGUCUGGGUCAGGGAUCCGGGAGAUACGACGCUUACAACGUCUCAGUCAAUGGCACCAAUUCUCGAGGCAUGAUGAGUUCAACGGCCGUGACUAGCGCUGCUGCUACUACGGGAGGAGCUCAUAACAGCUUGUACUAUGCACAGAAUAUGGCCUACCAGCCGUGGGGUCCGAUUAUGGGCAACAUGGACGCCAUCACAUUUGACAGCCAGGAUAUCGAUAUUGGAGCUCUUGGAUUACAACAGCCGGAUCUUAUGGGUGGGUGGCUGGAGUAUAUUCCUAGUGAUGUACUGGGAGGGCUGUUUGAUGAGCAUCAGGAAUCUGGAUAG